ACUGGCACCAACAUUUAACUAUGCCAGCAAGCGCUGCUUGAGUCAGCAUGAAGCUACAUUUGAGUCUGCUUGCAACUUACCGCAAAGCCUCACAAAGUAAACGUGCUCAUUUCGCGGAGUCAGAGGAUAUACCAAAUGAGUCAUCCAUUCCUAUGUUGUCUGAAGUGGACAGUGGUCUUCCACUCUGUGAGCGAUUGUCACUCCAUAUACAAG